AUGAAGACAGUGGAAUCUGAUGAAGAUUCAACUGAUUUUGCUGAUUUUCCUGAUUUUGCUGGUUCUGGUGGCUCUGCUGCUGCUGCUGCUGCUGCUGCUGCUGAUAUUGCUGUUGUUGUUGAAAAUGUUGUUGUUGCUGCUGAUAUUGUUGCUGUUGCUCAUAUUGUUGUUGCUCAUAUUGUUGCUGCUGCUCAUAUUGCUGCUGCUCAUAUUGGAGCUGCUGCUCGUAUUGAUGCUGUUCAUAUUGGUGCCGCUCAUAUUGGUGCUGUUCAUACUGAAGUCGCUGUUGGUGUUCUUGAGGAUUGUAUGGCAUUGUUCCACGCAGUUUAUCCGUAG